CUUGGCUACAAGUGUGUGCAAUUUUUUUUUGAAUCGGCUCACCCCUUUGGACGCAAUACCCCGAAAUAGGUGGGCCACUUGCUAAACAGUUCCCGUUUAUCAUUCUUGUGCGUAAACGGGGUGAUAACAAAACGAGCUUUGAUACAAGAUUAUAUUUAUAUGUACACAUACUUUUAUUGCGCUAUAAACCGACAUCAAUAGUUUUCAAAAACUAUCGGUAAUGACGAUAGGAUUCAACUAUCGAUAGUAACCCAGCUUUAGUAGAUCAAAAUCAAAACAAAGUUGGAUAUAAUUCACGCUGUAUUUGCUUGAAUAUUAGAAUUUCCAAAAAUAGAAUUAAAAAUGUCUUCUGAACCCGACAUUGCCAAAGAAGCUGUCCUAAAGCGAAGUGAAAAUAUUCCCGAUGGUACUUCUAUCGUCCAUGGAUACGAUUGGAACCAAGGAGUUGAUUACUCCAAGUUACUCCAAUCAUAUGUUCAUACAGGAUUUCAAGCCACUAACCUUGGGUUGGCAAUAGGAGAAAUAAAUAAAAUGCUUGAUUGCAGGGAAGAACAGCUUAAAUCAGACGAGGAAGAUAUACAUGAAUCAGAUGAAUUUAUAAAAAGGAAGCACAGUUGUACAAUUUUUCUUGGUUUCACUUCUAACCUGGUCUCGUCGGGUCUGCGUGAAACGUUACGGUUUCUAAUUGAACACCAAAUGGUGGAUUGUGUGGUGACGACUGCCGGAGGAGUUGAGGAGGAUUUUAUUAAAUGCCUUGCGCCCACAUAUAUGGGUUCAUUUGAAUUAUCUGGCCGUGAUUUACGCGAGCGUGGUAUAAAUAGGAUAGGUAACUUGCUGGUACCGAAUGACAACUAUUGUAAAUUUGAAGAUUGGGUGAUGCCAUUACUAAACGAAAUGGUUGAAGAACAGAAAACUAAAGGAAUCGUUUGGUCACCAUCUCGUAUAAUAUGUCGGCUAGGUGAACGGAUUAACGAUACCAGCUCAAUAUACCACUGGGCAGCCAAGCAUAAAAUUCCAGUAUUUUGUCCCGCCCUUACAGAUGGAAGUCUCGGUGAUAUGAUGUAUUUUCAUUCUUUUCGUCACCCUGGGUUAGUCGUAGAUAUUUUAUCCGAUUUGCGACGUUUAAAUACAAUGGCCGUAAAAGCAAAAAAGUCCGGAAUGGUUAUAAUUGGUGGCGGUGUGAUUAAGCAUCAUAUAUGUAAUGCAAAUUUGAUGAGAAAUGGUGCUGACUUCUCAGUUUUCGUUAACACUGCUUCUGAAUUUGAUGGCAGCGACAGUGGUGCACGACCGGACGAAGCUAUAUCCUGGGGUAAGAUACGAAAGGACGCCACACCAGUGAAAGUUUAUGCGGAAGCAAGUUUAGUAGUACCUUUGAUUGUUGGAGAGACGUUCGUCAAAAGACAUUUUAGUAAAAUCAAGAAAAGUGAAAAUUAACAAUAAAACAAAUUAAAUACAUAAUUCGAAUUUGAUGUUUUUAGCUGAAACCGCAUUGAUCCGAGCGGCUUAUAGAGCUACCCAAAGAUUUGAUAAACCAGUUACAUAUUCGUACUCGUAAUGGCAGAAUAAAGUAAAUGGACACUUUGGCGUUGAAGAAAUAUGUUUUAUUUUCCUCUACGUUAUGCACGUCAUUCAGGGAAAGCAGUUAACGUUUCCCCCGACUUUCCACAGUCAAGACUUUGCGUAAUCCGAAUUAACACGAUUUAUAUCUGGCCAAGGACUGUCAAUUUAUAAAGCCUCUUUGGGAAUUUGUAUGCUGUUACAACAGCAACAACCAAUACGUGUUAUGCUUUGGGUCACGACGGAGAGGCCCUGGAUCCUCCACAUAAAAACCCAUUUCCAAUAAAAAAGAACAACUCUCGUAUGAGACCCGUCUGAUAACAAAACUACUGAUCAUAAACAAUUCCAUUACUCUACAUUUGGGUUCAUUCGCUCAUUAGCUUGAUAUAUUUCGGUUCGUAUUUAUUUAUGUAGUGCUGUACAAAUUCGCAAUCAACCUUUAGAUUAAGAUCAUUCUUGGCGGCAUAUUCUAAAGCUUCCUUAGCCAAAAACUUCCCCAACCCGCGCCCUUCUAUAGCAGAAGGCACUUCUGUGUGAACGAUUCGCAUGCGCCUUCCUUCUUUUUCAUAAUCAAGAUGGGCGCGGAGAGGUCCAACAUCCACAAAAAAUUGAUUUUCAUCCAGGCUAUGCUGAACAUGCAAUUUCGUAGAACCAUUUACGCAAAACAUUCGCAUUGUUGGGUGUAUCUUUGUUAUGGCCAAGCCGUAAAAUCUCGAAAGCAUUAUUUUUCGUAUUACAGUACUCCUAAACUGUUUACACAGGAUGGAGAAUUAGUUGGCCCUGCUAACAGCUACAGCGGUAUUAACAAAAUUACAUAUGCAAAAUACUACAAAUGCGUAAUACC